GGACCCACGCGGACACGGAGUGGACCUUGGUGGCCAUGGCCCCAGGGCUCGGGGAUUUCCUCGGGAAGGGCUGAGGAGCCCUUUCAGGGCAUCCGUGCCGCGCUUAAUGACAGCGGGGGCGGAAAGCUGAGCUGUAUUAAGUGUUUUUAAACACAAUCAGACUUAAACUUAAGAUGGGAGAUGCUCAGGGUGGCUUAAAGCUGGCAGAACCUGUCAGUGCUUGGGCGUCUGCGGCGAGGGGGGCCGAGGAUACGCGCCUUUGUGCGCGGAGUGAGAGGGAGCAGCAGAACUCGGCUCCAGCGGCUGUAGCUCAGCCCACCUCUGCGUAGGGCUGUGUAAACUUGGAGGAACUCGGGUAUUUUCGGAGCAGACCUUCACUCGCAUCGCCGCUCAGCCAAGAUGCCCGAGCAGAGCAAUGAUUACAGGGUGGUGGUGUUCGGAGCAGCCGGGGUUGGCAAAAGCUCCUUGGUCCUGCGUUUUGUAAGGGGGACUUUCAGGGAAACCUACAUCCCCACCAUCGAGGACACGUACCGGCAGGUGAUCAGCUGUGACAAGAGCAUCUGCACCCUUCAGAUCACGGACACCACGGGCAGCCACCAGUUCCCUGCCAUGCAGCGGCUCUCUAUAUCCAAAGGGCAUGCCUUCAUCUUGGUGUACUCCGUCACCAACAGGCAAUCCAUGGAAGAUCUUCAUCCCAUCUUCGACCAGAUAUGUCAGAUUAAAGGGGACAUCCAAAAAAUCCCCAUAAUGUUGGUGGGGAACAAAAGUGAUGACACACAGAGGGAGCUGGAUGCCAGCGAGGGGCAAGCUCUGGCCAGCAAGUGGAAGUGUGCCUUCAUGGAGACAUCGGCCAAAAUGAACUACAACGUGCAGGAGCUCUUCCAGGAGCUCCUGAAUCUGGAGCAGAGGAGAACUAUCCGUCUCCAGGUGGACGGAAAGAAAUCCAAGCAGCAGACAAAGAAAGAUAAACUGCAAGGCAAAUGCUCUGUUAUGUGAUUGCCUUUGGCUCUACUUGCUGCACGGUGUAGUCAGAGCGUGGAUUCCCGUGGAAAACACAUUUCUGCUGGGUGUUUCAGAGGAAUCCAUGCCUUACAGGGCUUUUGCUUUUCUCUAAAACCCUGACUGGAUUAUUUUACGUGUUGGUUUUAAAGAGGAUGCCUUCUGCAUGUUUAUUUUUUUAAAUCAAUAAAUGUUCCAUGUUAACAAUUA